GCUGCUGCUGCGGCUGCCGGCGGACUACUGGGCGCAGUGGGCCUGCCCGCUCGGCGCGGGCUCGCCGCCGGCCGCGCCCCGGCCGCGCGGCUUCUUCUUCUCGCCCGCCGACACCGGGUGAGACGCCCCUCCCUUAUGUCAGGUGAUGCAGCUGCUGCUGCGGCUGCCGGCGGACUACUGGGCGCAGUGGGCCUGCCCGCUCGGCGCGGGCUCGCCGCCGGCCGCGCCCCGGCCGCGCGGCUUCUUCUUCUCGCCCGCCGACACCGGGUGAGACGCCCCUCCCUUAUGUCAGGUGAUGCAGCUGCUGCUGCGGCUGCCGGCGGACUACUGGGCGCAGUGGGCCUGCCCGCUCGGCGCGGGCUCGCCGCCGGCCGCGCCCCGGCCGCGCGGCUUCUUCUUCUCGCCCGCCGACACCGGGUGAGACGCCCCUCCCUUAUGUCAGGUGAUGCAGCUGCUGCUGCGGCUGCCGGCGGACUACUGGGCGCAGUGGGCCUGCCCGCUCGGCGCGGGCUCGCCGCCGGCCGCGCCCCGGCCGCGCGGCUUCUUCUUCUCGCCCGCCGACACCGGGUGAGACGCCCCUCCCUUAUGUCAGGUGAUGCAGCUGCUGCUGCGGCUGCCGGCGGACUACUGGGCGCAGUGGGCCUGCCCGCUCGGCGCGGGCUCGCCGCCGGCCGCGCCCCGGCCGCGCGGCUUCUUCUUCUCGCCCGCCGACACCGGGUGAGGCGCCCCUCCCUUAUGUCAGGUGAUGCAGCUGCUGCUGCGGCUGCCGGCGGACUACUGGGCGCAGUGGGCCUGCCCGCUCGGCGCGGGCUCGCCGCCGGCCGCGCCCCGGCCGCGCGGCUUCUUCUUCUCGCCCGCCGACACCGGAGUUCAAAGAAAGAAGAGAAACUAUUUUCAGUGAUAAAAGAAAAAAGCGAUUAUGAUACAUAGCCAGUAAUUGUAAUUUUGUUUUUUUUUUUCUAUAUAAGUAAACAUUUAUGUUAACCAGUUAUUGUAUAUUUUUCCUUUUCUAAGUAAAUUUGUAUCAUAAUUAUUAGUAUUAAAAUUCGUCUUGGACAUUUUACUGUAUAACUAGAUAAUCUUGUUAUUUACGUAUACUUCUUUCAGAAUUCACUUUUAUUGGUAGAACUUUAGGUUCUGCUUUUUCAAAGUAUUAGUAAAGUUACAUCACAACUAUACUGAAAUAAUAUUUAAGUAAUUUACUUGUUUUAUAUCUAAUUUAGUAUAUUAUUUGUAGCCAAAAUACAUCAUGUGUAUCUUUUAUAGUUAAUCCGGUUCGUCAAGUCGCCGCCUAAUACGCUUCUGUAUAUAUCAGCUGUCUUAUAUGACAUUAUUAUAGUUGAAAUUGUUUGGAAUAACUACAUGAGGGUCUAAAUCACAUAGUUUCAACAAAGAUAAUUUGAUAUAGAGGUGUAUUGUCAAAGAAUACUUUGUAGCCAUGUAAAUUUACUGCCAUCUUUCGACACAUGAUUAAAACUUUGAAAAUGCCAUUUGACUUCGAUCCUUAUUCGUUCACUGAUGUGUGUUCAAUUUGUUAAAUAUCAAAAAGUGGCGCCAUCUUACCGGGCACAACCUAAAGUUUAUGGCGCCAUCGGUCGAAUCGAUGUCACCAUACCUUUGGCCUUUGAUCUAUUAGAUGGCGCCAUUUUUUGAUAUUUAACAAACACAUAAGUGAAAGAAUAAGGAUCAAAGUCAAAUAGCAUUCUAACAGUUUUAAUCAUGUGUCGAAAGAUGGCAGUAAAUUUACUUUGGCUACAAAGUUUUCUUUGACAAUCCACCUCUAUUUCAAAUUCUCUUUGGUUUCAGCCUCCACUUUUUGGAUGCAGUUUUGUUCAAGUUUCUAUGUAGCCUUUGUAACAAUUUAAUCCGUUUUAACCAUUUGUACGCCAAAGACGUCAACACGCGCGCACGGUUAUAGUGUAAUAUCAAACUUCGUGCAUUCCGAUAAGGUUUAGAAUGGCGUGGCGUUCCAAGGGUUAAUCGACCUUUAUUAAAUUUGUAUAACGAUUCAUACUUUUUCAGCUAAGGUUAUAUUCAAAUAUUGUUCUUAAUAACGUUAAAUAUAGAUUUGCACCUGUUUUGCACGGAUAAACGAAUAAAGGAAUCGAAAAAAAAAUCUGUGUCAAACAUAAUAUGUGAUACAAUUACUGUGCUUUUUUUAUGUACGAGUAUAAUAGAUUUAUUAUUGUAAGUAUUUGUUUCCUCUUAACAAAUUAUUUUUUCUUUUGUAAUUGUUAGAAUUAGUGGUAUGGCUCAUACUUUGUACUUUGCCGAACUGUUAUUUUAUUUUAGACUGAUAUUAGCCAAGUAAAAAAUAGUUUUCUAAUAUUAAAUAAUAGUUAAACAUGCGCCGUUAGUAAAAAAAAAAUGCAAAGAAGUUUGCUAAUGAUAAAUCGAAAACUAAAAAGUUAAUUGAUCGUCCGUCGUAGGCGAUUAUAUAAUAGCAAAUUACGAUACCCAGUGCGAAAAAUAGGAAAUACUUAUUAGCGAAUUGCCUAUUCGCACAUGUAUCGUACAAGUUUUUACAGUACAUAUGGCCCUUUAAAUUUUCGACGGUUACGUAAUGUGCACUACUGGGGUAAAAUAGCACCAUAUGUACUGUAAAAGACGGCUGAUUAUUGUAUAGUAUACGCUACACUAGUUAUUCUUUUUGAACAUAUUUGUGUAAAUUUCUAAUAGAGAUUUCAUAGUCCCAUUACUAUAUCUGUAAAAAAAAGUUAGUACUUACACUUAGUCAUCACAAAAGAGGAGAGAGUGAAACUCAGAGGUAUACAUUAAGGUAAAUUCAUCUAAGUGUGGUAUUCUAUCUGUCUAAUAUAUUGGUCCAUUUUGCAUUGCGUCUCACUCUCUCAUUAACCAAAAUGUGAGACGCAAAUACACAUUGGACCAAGAGCACUCUACGCAGUUGGUCUUGGUCACCAAAAAAGAUGGCUAAGAGCAAUAAAUAUUGUACACAGUCAAGCUCUAAAAUAUCAACACGGACAAACCACCAAAAAUAUGUGUACACUACCUUAUUGCAUACCUGUAUAAAUAUUUUUGGCACUUCUUACGUAUCGAUAUUUUUACCCUUGACAUACUGAUACUGGAAUGUGGCUAAAAUUAUUUGAUAUGAACGCUUGUAUCAAAUAUAUAAUAUCAAUCUUAGCAAGAAGGUUGAAUCUGCAAUAACAAUUUGUAUCAAUAGGUUUAUUCAUUCAUCUACUCGUAUUGUAAAAUUUGCGUUCUAAUUAUUAAGGUUUUUUCUAAGUUAUUUCUCUAAUUAACUUUGACAUAUUUUUUAUUUAUUUAGACUAAUUCUGAGUUUUCCAUUCCUGUAAAAUUUGUAACGUUUCAAAUUUGUGAGUAACCAAUCUCGUAAAUUUGUUACUCCUCUAAUUUUGAUAUAUGUCCAAUACAAUAUCAUUUGACAUUUUUUCUCGUCCAAUCAUGUCUUUUCAUAUUAUACUUAUUAUAGUAAUAUAUAAAGUAUGAUUUUUGUAUGAUAUCCCUUGACUUACAGCUAAUUAAAAUCGUGUGCAAAUA